UAAAUGAAGCUGUUUCUCCUCACUAGAGUCUCAAUGGAUGAAGGCGAGUGGAAGCUGGCGUAGAGCGGUCUGCAUAUUCAUUUGCUUCACAAGGAUUUAUGUCCAUCUAUUCAGCAAUUUAUGGAUUAUGCGAAUGACAUUUUGACCAGCCCCUGAACUGGUUUACGAUGAGCCCAAUGUGUGUCCUCCUAAUGUGAUUAAUUUUUUUUUUUUUUGGUUUGUUUUUGUGUUUGUUUCACAAAACAGUGCUAAGGGUAGCCUAGUAAUCUUAGUAUAGGACGUUAUUUACAUCAAGUGUCUUCGCAGCAUGAACAUGGAUGAAGACAACCGAGUGCCGGAAGAUCUUUCCUUUGAAGAGAGAGAUGAACUGUCCAAUAUUAGAAGGAGGAAAAGGGAGCUACUGGAUGACAUUGAGCGGUUAAAAUUAGAGAUCUCUGAAGUCAUGACCGAGAUUGAACAUUUAACGUGUGUCAGAGAGACUAAAAGCACUCAGAGGAGCAAGCAGAUUGCUGUUGGAAGAAAGAAAUUCAAUAUGGACCCUAAGAAGGGAAUCCAAUUUCUUUUGGAGAAUGAUCUUCUGCAGCACACACCUGAGGACAUCGCUCAGUUCCUCUAUAAAGGUGAAGGCUUGAACAAAACUGUCAUAGGAGAUUAUUUAGGAGAACGAGAUGACUUCAACAUUAGGGUUUUGCAGGCAUUUGUGGAGCUUCAUGAGUUUGCUGACCUCAACUUGGUGCAAGCAUUGAGGCAGUUUUUGUGGAGCUUCAGACUUCCCGGUGAAGCACAAAAGAUUGAUCGAAUGAUGGAGGCCUAUGCUGCUCGAUAUUGCCAGUGUAACCCUGGUGUCUUUCAGUCAACAGACACAUGCUACGUUCUCUCGUUCUCCGUAAUCAUGUUGAACACCAGCCUGCACAAUCCUAACGUCAGAGACAAGCCCUCAGUGGAGAGGUUCAUCUCCAUGAAUCGAGGCAUCAAUGAAGGAGGAGAUCUGCCUGAGGAGCUGCUCAGAAAUUUAUAUGAAAGCAUUAAAAAUGAGCCCUUCAAAAUUCCUGAAGAUGAUGGGAACGAUCUAACUCACACCUUCUUUAAUCCAGACCGAGAGGGAUGGCUGCUAAAACUAGGGGGAAGAGUGAAAACCUGGAAGAGGAGGUGGUUCAUUUUGACAGACAACUGUCUGUAUUACUUUGAAUAUACUACAGACAAAGAGCCUCGGGGAAUCAUUCCACUGGAAAAUCUUAGUAUAAGAGAGGUGGAAGAGCCAAGAAAACCAAACUGCUUUGAGCUCUACAACCCGAGUCAUAAGGGCCAGGUAAUUAAAGCAUGCAAGACGGAGGCUGAUGGGAAAGUAGUGGAGGGGAAUCACGUGGUGUACAGAAUAUCAGCACCCACGCCGGAGGAGAAAGAAGAGUGGAUCAAAUCCAUCAAGGCCAGUAUUAGCAGGGAUCCAUUCUACGACAUGUUGGCUACUAGAAAACGGCGAGUGGCCACUAAAAAGUGAAGUGAAAACCUACAUCCGGGUUUUAAUAAUCACUUUACAACGUUCACCCUGGAGGAAAUGGACACACGGGGACAAGAGCAAACUGAGGAGAAAGAAGAACAAGACUUUAAAAAUAUUGGCGUCUCUAUGAAUCAAGUGCGAAACUGAGGGAUGUGUACUAAAUAGUUUUCUCCAUAUGACUUGUAUGGCGAAUCGAGUGAAGAUGGUGUGCUUAUAUGUUGAAUGUUAUAAUGAAUGUUUUAACAACGCUUAUAAUGUCUGUGUGGGUUCAGUAGAGAGUGAAUAGCGCCCCCUGCCGCCUUUAGCAGGAUAGUUACAGGACAUUUCAAUUUGAGAUGGCCAAGAAAUGUAUGUAAAAUAGAGUGAACUACUAAUAAUGAUGUCUUUUUGGUUUUCAGAUAAAUACAGGAGAUGAAUAGUUGCAGGGAAUCAUGCUGAAUAUAGAUUUGUGCCGUCAUAAUAUCGAAUAAUAUUCAUUAUCUUAAUUGCAUUGGUCGUCUUAAAUGGUUUUAUGUUCUGUUGUUGUGUACACAGUCAUCUAAAUCAGCAGGACUGGUUGCAUUAACUGCAUUAACAAUCAAAAGUUAUAUUUAUUAUCUUUUUUGUUGUUCUUAAUAUAAAACACUGUAAAAAUCCUCUUUGAUAAUGAAAAUAUUAUUAGAUGCCUUUUCAGAAAAUGAUACAAGCUGUACUUCUGUUUCGUAUUCCUAUUUUGGUUUGAAUAAUUUGACUGUUUUGUUGUAUUUAUGUAGUCUAAUAUUGCUGUUGUGUUGUUUUGUUUUUACAGUUUGUAAUAUAACUCACAAAAGAAGACCACAAAAGCUAUUCUUCUUUUCCAUUUGAAACUUUUUGGAUUUAAAACUAAUCUAUAUGCAAUUUUUAUUAAUCAGCUUGGAUAUUCUAAGUCAAAGAAACUCAUAAUUCUACUGGUUUAUUGCAAAGAUUCUGAUAUAUCUCUGUGGUUAAAAUAUGAAUCAAUUGAUACGACUCAAAUGAAAUGUUUCCCUAAUUUUCUAUUAUUUCUGCUGUAAAGUGAACACAGACUCUGGUGCCUGUUUUCGUGCAGCCUUAUAAUCAGCAAAAACAUAUGAAAACAAUUGGACAAAUACAUUCCACAAACACUGUCUAUUCCUGUUAGCACCAACCUAAGCCAUAGCAGCAAUGUAAUCCAUGCCCAUUUGAAAACUGAAUUAUUUUAUGAAAACUGUAGUUUUUAUGUGAUAAUUUAAUUUGUAAAUAUCCUCAUAUUCUGUUGUUAUGGUAAAUAUGCAGCAUGCUUAUAUACAGUUGUCUUUCAGAGCUUUCUGUAUGUGUCAGUAAAUCAUAAUUCCUAUAUCUCAGAUGGGACAUGGAUACGGGUUGUCCUGUCAGUGAAGCCAGUGACCUCAAGAUCUGAUCUGAUUAAAGAUUUUUUUUUUUGUCUCGAGAUUCACCAGGGAUUUGACUUCAUUACAUUAAAACACACUAGUUCUUUCAUACUAUAUGGAAGUCAGUUGGUAUAAGCUACAUGCUUUAAUGUUUCUUGAAUGUGGAUAAAUGACAGAAUUGAUGUGAGAUGAUUCCUUUCAGAUUUUCAGUGAAUAAAUAAUAAUACAAUACUGAAGA